AUGGAUAUCGACGCUGAGUACUUCAUCUUCGACGACCCUGGCGCUGAUGGCCUGAAAAUUACGGCGAAACGUUACACAAGUAGAUCGAGGGUGAAUAAAAAGGGCUUGACGUUGCUAUUCGCUCAUUGCAUAGGUUCUCAUAAGGAGCAGUGGGAGCCCGUCAUUCAACGCCUCUUUCAAGUCCAAGAGACCGAAGCUGAGGUGCAUCGGAUUCGGGAGGCGUGGUCAUUCGACUGGCAAAGCCACGGAGAUGCUGCUGUCCUGAAUCACAAUCUGUUGAAGGAUCGUACAAAGUGUGUUUGUGAGUUAUUCUGCUCUUCGUACACUCAGCCGGGAUGGGGCUCCGUUUACGAAUGGACACCUGCGUUGGCAGCCUUCAUCCGCUCACCUCGAAUGCAGGGACACCGGAUCGUACCUCUAGGGCAUUCUGCUGGCGCAGCUGCGAUGUUGCUAACGACCAAGGAAAUCCCCCCAUCUACAUUCGCCGCCAUGAUUCUUAUUGAACCUACUAUCGUCACUCGGGAAGUAUUCAACUCUGAACUGGAAGACCGCAUGUCCGCCAUGGAUUUUUCCGUCGCAGCCACGUCUUCCCGCCGGGACGUCUGGCCCUCCCGGGACGAGGCAUUCCACUACUUCAAGAAAAGGAUCCCAUGGAGGGUUUGGGACGAACGUGUAAUUCUUCUGCUCACACGUUACGGAUUGCGUGAAUUGCCUGGUGGGGGCGGUGUUACCCUGAAAUGCGAGCGUAAGAUGGAAGCCGUAUCUUACCCGGAUACAGAGCCCCACUUUGAAGCUGCUAUCCAGUUGUGUAAUGUUUGUCAUGCGAUUCCUAUACACCUCAUCUGGGGGACAAGGAACGAUCUCGUCCCGGAAUUUAUCCAGGACUCGUUAGCGGAUGUUACUGAAGGUCGGAUAGUUGCGUCUGUAACGAAGAUUAAGCAAGCUGGACAUAUGGUGGUACAAGAACAGCCGGAUGCCCUUGCGAAGGCUAUUAGCGAUAUACUAGUGAGAAUUGGCCCUGGUUGUCAGAUCAUAGCGGACAGGUCCAAGCUAUGA